AUGGAAACUGGGAAACAAGAAGAGCAGCAGAGAAAAGGGGUGGAACAGGAGUUUGUAGCAGCUGGAAAGCAAGUCCAUAUCCGUAAGCCGGCGCUAUCAGCCCCAGAUGUGGUCCCAGAGCGCAAGCGCUCCACACCCAUCAACCCAGCCAACACUAUUCGUAAGUGCCUUGCCAAUAACCCUGUGUCCCAGCGGCCGUUCCGUGACCGCAUCAUCCACCUGCUGGCACUGAGGUCUUACAAGAAGCUGGAAGUGGUCGCCCGUUUGCAACGGGAUGGUAUUAACCAGAAGAACAGAAACUCAUUAGGGACCACCCUGCAACAGGUGGCAAACCUGAACCCCAAAGACAACACAUAUUCAUUGAAGGACUUUAUUUAUCGUGAUGUCCAGCGAGACUGGCCAGGCUACUCUGAAGAUGAAAAGUCCCAGGUUGACCGGAUCCUGGCUCGCAAAUUGGGGCUUCCUACUGAGACCCUCUCAUCAAGCAGUUCUCCCAAAGACAGUGUGCCCACAUCCCCCCAGAAGCGCCAGUCAGACUUUGACUUCAUUGAUCCUUUGGCACCCAAGAAAGCCCGCAUCUCCCACCUCAGCAAUCGAGGGCCAACCACGUCUUCAUUCUCCUCCUCUGACCGCCGUGAGGACGAGGGCAGCCCCAGCUCUAGACACUCGUCCCUACCCUCCAAUGUCACCUCUGGCCCGCCCACCCAUCUCCCCAUCUCGUCCCACCCCCCCGCACCCUCUCACCAGCAGCCCAGCCCAGCCUCCAACUCCAACUCACCCAGCACCCCAGAGGGCUGUGGCACCCAGGACCUGCCUAUGGACCAGAGUUCCUCCUGCAGAGACCCUUCACCCAGCCCCUUCUCCUCCGAUAGGACCCUACAGGACUGCUAUCGACACCCUGUCCCCGUCCCAAGACCAGCCACCUCCCCUAGCCCCCCUCCUCCUCCCCCUCCUCUUCCUUGUACCUCACUCACAGUUACAUCCACUGUCAUCACCAGCCCCCCCUUGUCCAGCAGUACCAACAAGAAGUUUAAAAAGAAAUCCAAGAAGCACAAAGAUAAGGAUCGAGAGAGGGACAAAGGGAAACGGACAGAAAAAGGUAGCAGAAGUCCUCCUAGUGUAGCAGAGCAAGCUGAAGAAACUCGUAGAGCUAAAAAGCAGCGAAGUGCUGAGGAAGAGAGCAGAGACGUUCUCAACAAGAAUCCUCACAAAAAUCAAGACUCAUCAGAAAAAGAGAAGCCAGUUCAAUCUACUGAAUUCUCCUCCACAAUUGAGAUGCCUGACUAUGUAGUGAAGUACAUGCCCAUGGUGUCCAUGGACCAGCGGCAAAGCUACAAGAAUGACUUCAAUGCAGAGUAUGAUGAGUAUCGCCUGCUACAUGCCCGUGUGGAGAGCAUCACCCGUCGCUUUACCCAACUGGAUGCCAAGUGCCGGAAGCUGCCACCUGGCACCAAAGAAUACCAGAAGGUGCAAGAAGAAGUCUUGAAAGAGUACAAAAAGAUGAAACAACACAGCCCCAACUACCAUGAGGAGAAACAGCGCUGCGAGUACCUGCACAACAAGUUGGCCCACAUCAAGCAGCUAAUAGCUGAUUUUGACCAGCGCAGAGCCCAGGCCUGGUGCUGAGAGCACAGCACACAUCUUCACUAAUCAGUAUUGAGAAAGGAGUGUCUAACCAGAAGAGGGUGUCUAACUGGCUGUUAUUUAUUAACACCCCUUCAGUUACUGCCUCCACAACAGCCCCUACCCCACCACCUAUCUUCCUUCCCUUUUCUCAUCAUCCUUUUUCAUUCCUUGCUUCUUUUCCAAUCUUUGAUUCCACUGGCAUCAUUGUUGCCUGCAAUGUUGAUAAUCUUACGUUGACUUCACCCCAUCUUUUGCUUUCUCUCGGUUUCUUCUCAAUGAGCUCCUGUGGAAUUUCAUACCACUGGACCAGUGGAAGGGGCUGCCUGCAUGUAUGAAGGGGUUUGGGGAAAAUCUUCAACGCUUCUAACUUUUGAAGAACUUUAUCUUCAGGCAAAAAAAAAAGAACAAAAGUAUUUUUUCAGUAUCAGAGAAAAUAUUAACUUGUAUUUAAGUUUAAAAAAAAAAGAAGAAAAAAAAAAGAGGGAGAUCUAUUUAUUUUGUGACUCAAAGUGCAAAGUAGAGUCCUCAGAUGAUAUAUUGUUUAACUUUUUGUUGAAAAAAAAAAUGACCGCAGGCCUUAUGUGUUUUGACUCUGUGAAGCCAUUUUGCACGCAAGAUCCAUUAUGUCAUCUCAUUUGGCAAAUAUGACUCUCCUGCCUUAGUUCCUCUUUUCUUAAAGACUGUACUGGAUAACCUUGCUUCAACACAUUACUGUUUGUUUGAGGCUGAAGGGGAGGGGUGAGACAGGCAGGAGAAAUCACUUGAGCUAGUUUGUGUGCAUGGACUGUUAAUUUAGUUGUAAUGGCCACAUGGGGAGGGUGGGUUAACUAAAGGAGUGUGAUCCCCUGUCAGUAUGGGGACGUAUUUUUUGCACCAACAGAGUUUAGUCUUCACAGUGCAUUACGGGUGCCUUAAUUAGUUAACGCUCAAAUGUCGUGUUGGGCCAACCCUUAGGGUCCACACAAAGGAACUAUAACUGCCUGGAAACAGGUUGUGUUUGUGUGCAUGUGUGUGGUGUGUGUGUAUGUUGGAGUAGUGAAGGAAGGGAUGUUAAGUCUGGAAGGAGUGUUACAAAGUGUGUGUGUGUGUGUGCACGCGAGAAAGAGAGGUGUGACCGGUGUAAGGAAAACCAGAAAUGUUGAGAAACAAAUAAGAAACGUGAAAAACGAAAAAGCUGCUAUAGUGUUCAACCACCCAGAGCACUCAGGAUCAACUCGGCUGGAGUAACAGUACCUGGUGUUAACUGAAGAGAUAUAGAGAAUACUUAUUUUCCAGAAUGGUGCAUCUCUGCAUUCACCUCUUCAGUGUUAUCCAGCGGAAAACUUCCUGUAUUGAAGUUAAAACAUGUCAUCCAUCAGAAGACAAAUCUGUAUUUUUGAUUUCAAAUGUAUUUGAUUCUCAGUUUGAGUUAUACAAAGCAGUGGAAGAUUUCAGAGUAGUUUUUUUUUUUUUUUUUUAAUAUUAUAUAACCUUGCUAUGAAUUUAGUUGGAUGGAUAGAUGGAUGAAUGGCUUCUAUGAAAAGUCUUUAUUUCAACAAGGGAAAAUUGUUUACAAACCUGUGUUAGAAUGUUUGCCAAAAUUAAAUAAUUUUCUGGUACUGCAGCCAUUGAGUAACAUUUCUGAUUGGGGCUUUAUUUUAGGAGACAUUAAUACUGGAAUACAUGUCUCAUUCAAUGAAGAAAAGUACAACACCAUUACAUUUGGGGAUGUGAAAUGGAACUGAGUCACUUUGCCCCCGGAAAGGCCGACAAUUGAAAGAUGUUGACUCCACUUUUGUAGUGGUCGGUCCCUUCUCAACAGUUUGUUCUGAUUCGGUCUAUAUUCAGCUAGUGUAGACAUGUGGGAGUCUGUGUCCUGUAUUGGGAAACGUGUAGCCCCAUUUUUAUUUUUCCUCCAGAAAUGGAGAUUUAAGCAAAUAUUGGUCAGUUCUAUUUCUCAAUUUCCUAUUUUGGUUGUGGCAUUCUAUCAAAUAGUCGGUCUCUGCAGCAGACUGGCUCUUCUGUUCAGCUGUCAGAAUCAAUUUAACAUAACUACAGACCUGGCCUGACUUGUCUUAAGUUAUUUUGGACAGAACAUCAGCACUUGUAUCUUAGAUGGGUUACAACAGCAGAUAAGAAAUGUUCACAAGAGUUCAGGCGCUACUUGAGAUUUACACUUACUUUAGCUGUUGGCUACAGGAUGAGUGUUUUGGUUUAUUUUUUUCAUGUUUUCCUUUGCAAUGGCUCAGACAGUAAAGGCCACUCCAACAAAUGUAUGGUGGAGGACUGGGCUUAACAUGCAGCCUUCAAGGUUUUACCCUAUCAUGUGUGUCCUCUUCUUAGCCUUCUGAGCAUUUCUGAUCAACAUGAAUUAGCGUUGUAUGACUCAUGUGGCGGAAGGGACCAAGGAAAGAGGUUUGAUCAAGAGUCUUAAUAAGAAAGUGACAGUUAAAAUACCCUGGCAGAUAUGAGAAUCCACUAAAAAUCAAGUGAAUUUUGAGUGAAAUCUGAUCCUGCCCAGCUGAAAAUGUAUGUGUACUUCAAUAAAAAUCAAUUUAGUUUUAACUGGAA